AAUUAGCAAGUUCGUUUUUUUUCCAAAGUUUGUCAAUCACUCCAUAUCAGUUCUUUUCCUUUACUAAUUUAGUUGGCUGUCUGGUCUGGGUCUCGGGGAGGAAUAUACCAAAAGUUCGCACUCGUCAUGGGUAUUGUCAUAGCGUUUAGUGCGUUCAAGCAUAGAGGAUGGAGCGGGACUGGUCAAUGGGAAGUACUUGUGGUCUACUGUCUUGGACUGUAUAUAUGGCAUGGCGGCUGGUUUAGAGGCAAAAGUCACUCGCGUGCUUUUGGCGUAGAUACCCUCUUUUAUUACUGUCUAGCUUUGUCUGAAGUCUUAAUAGAUAAAUGGUAUUCUGCUCUACGAACUGAGUGAUAUUCACAAGUUUUGCAAUCCCUCUCACAAUGUCAUCUCUCAUGAAAUAAUAUCUACUCCCUCUUCAGACCCAC